AUGUUCAACCUCAGCAUGUUUCCGGCCGAAAACGCACCAAGUCGUCUGAGAGUUCAAAGCAUUCAGCAAGCAGUGGCAGGGCAGAUCCAUCAAAAGCGGGCCCCUGAUUUCCAUGACAAAUAUGGUAAUGCUGUAUUAGCUAGUGGAUCCACUUUCUGUGUUGCUGUAUGGGUAUGUAUGGCAACACAAAUUGAAAUAGAGUGGAACCCAUCGCCUGUUGGCAGAGUCACCCCAAAGGAAUGGAGAGAACAGUAAUCAUCCCAGCUGAUUUAAUACUGAAUUGUUUCAAAAUCAACUCAUAAUUAAUUCCAAGUAAAAGUACUAUGUACCCAUUAAAAUAUAGCAUGUUUGAAGAAAUAAAGUAUAUCUGAAACC